AUGAAUGGGGUAACUGUUGCUGGAGGCAUUGAAAAAGGCGCUGCUACCAACCAACUCUUCCGACCUCAAGGUUUCUUUGUUGAUGAUGAUCAAACUAUGGUCAUUGCUGACUACGGUAAUCAUCGUAUCAUCCAAUGGAAGAUCGGUGAUACCGAUGGACAAGUAGUAGCUGGUGGCAAUGGCAAAGGAAGUGAAUUCGAUCAACUAAAUAGUCCAACGGAUGUAUUGAUCGACAAAGAGAUGAAUAGGCUCAUUAUUUGCGAUGCAAUGAAUGGAAGAGUCGUACAAUGGUCUCGUCGUAAUGGCACAACUCA